GUUCACUGAUCGGAUAUCAUACUGGCAAAGUAUUAUCAUAUGCAGUCCGUUCAAAGCGUUGCUUAAAGUGCGAGAAAGGACAUCCUAAAUCGUCACAUGAUUGUCGGAAAAAUUUCGAUCGAAGCUCGAAAGCUAUGGAGCCUGACAUGGCGGUAGAAGCUCGUUGCUAAAAAUCACCUUUUGGAAGAAGAAAAUGUCUAUAUUUCAAUUCUCAUCGGUGAUGAUGAUGCUUCGUCUAUUGCGGCUAUACGUCAAGAAGUGACAUACACGAUUGAAAAAUGGUCUGAUAUCAAUCACGCAAAAAAAAACCUAAGUAACAAUCUGUACGCGAUUUCUCUACCUAAACGACUGAUUGACUACUUUACUAGAGCCUUUACCUAUGCUCUGCAACAAAACAAGGAUAAAGUAGAGGAAACAAAAGUUGCGUUACUAAACAUUGUCAAUCAUGCGUACGGUGAUCAUAAACUAUGCGGCGAUUGGUGUCGGUCUCAGAACAUGGAGGAAAACGAAACUCUUUACGUCCACAAUGGAUUACCAAAUGGGGAGCCACUUACCGAUCCGAAUCUACGUGCUAAAUUGACACCUAUAUUCGAAAAGUAUGCAAAGAAUGCAAAUAAAUUAGCACCUUGUGGUUCUUCCCAACCGAACGAGUCGUUUAACAGCAUCGUGGCCAGCAAACACCCUAAAAAUAAAUUCUAUGGUGCCUUAGAGUCAAUGCCCUUCAGAGUAGCUGCUGCGGUCUGCCAAAAAAACUACGGCACAUCAUAUAUCCUCAAAGUAUAUGAAAAACUUUGCCUAUCGCCUGGGAAAAAUACUGAACCGUUUCGGCACGCCAAGGAUGCAGAAAGGGCGAAAAACGCUAUUAAAAGACGCAGCAUUGCUUUCAAGCAACAGCGACUUUUUAGCAAGAAAAAGAGGUCAGCUCAAAAUGCUAGCGCUAAAAAACAAGAGGGAAUCACAUACGAAUCGGAAUAUGCAAUGUCAGCAGGAACACAGUUUUCCUUCGACCAGCUAGUUCAAUCGCACCAAAAAAACGUUGCUGAUAAUGAUGAUGAUGAUGAUUCAACGUUGAUUUUAUUCGAUCUCGAAACUAGUAGUCUGAGCAGAAAUAUGGCAGAAAUAUGUCAGAUUGCAGCACGUCAUGAUGAAAAUGAGUUCAACGUGUAUAUGGUUCCAAAAAGUAUAGCUCCGAAAGCAACAAAUGUUACAGGGUUGCAUGUUGAAAACAACGAUCUGUUCUUACAUAAUGUGUUACUGCCUACUCUACCACCUCGAGUUGCAUUCGACAAAUUCAUGAGUUUUUUGCGCUCUGUUCAAAAUAGAGUUAUUUUAGUUGCUCACAAUGGACUGAAGUACAUAAAAACAAUAUCUCCUCAUAAACAUUCAUUAAGUAUAUAUUUUGAAACAUUUCCAUCACUUCCCAUAGGUUUGAUGCUCCCAUUAUUCUGCGAUAUCUCCAAAAAUACGGGUUUCUUGAAGAAUUCGAAAGGAUUACUCGUGGUUUCUCAGAUACUUUGCCCAUUUUUAGAAAUGAGCUGAAGGAUCGAGCUAACCAGAAAAAGAGUUUUUCUCUGACGUCUUUAGCAAACGACUUUCUUGGAGGAACAGCAGCUGAUGGAGCUCAUAAUGCUUUGACUGAUAUCAAUAUAUUAAAAAAAUUAAUUGAAACAUUAAAAAUCCCAGAAGAACAUUUCCGAAAAUCAUCUCUCUCUGUACGGAAAUUUAUUUGGCAACAACAACUGACAGCUCAUCGAACUAAUCUGAAAGCUUCUUUGAAGGGCCUUGCACCUGAAAUUUCGAAGGGGAUGAUUUCAAAAAUGGCUCAAGUGGGCAUAAGUUUGGAUUUAUUAAAAAAAACCUAUACUGAUGGUGGUCAGGAUGCUAUACGAAUUUUAUUGGCAGAGGAUGUAUCCGGAAAACCUCG